AUGUCACCAACCUUAGAUGAUGUUAGUGUAAUUUUAGGGAUUCUAGUGAUUGGUAAACCAGUCUCUUGCAAGAACUUAUCAAAUGUUGACGCUACAAAUCUGCUAGUUGAGGCUUUGGAAGUAACAAUAGAUGAGGCAAAUGUAGCGUUGAAGGUAGCACGGGGCCAGUCUAUCAAGGUAGAAUGGUUGAGACAACGGUUUGGGUCAGUGUCUGAUGCGGACAAUGAUAAUAUCAUUGAGUGUACAACUAGGGCAUGUUUGUUGUAUUUGUUAGGUUGUACCUUAUUUGCAGACAAGACAGGCAUACGUGUUUCGGUAGUGUAUUUGUCUUUUCUUAUGGAUUUGCAAUCAGUUGCUUCUUAUGCUUGGGGUGCAGCCGCAUUAGCUCUUUUAUACCGGCAAUUGGGCACUGCCACAAGGUAUGCUAUAAAACAGAUGGCGGGAUACAUGACAUUGCUAGAAGCUUGGAUUUACAAGCAUUUUGUUGGUGCUAGACCCCACCCCAAUUUGGACUAUAAAGAAGAUCAACCUUGUGUUAUUUGGGAUCCAUACCAUGAUAAGCAUAUUAAGCAUCCUUUUCUGAUGUUGCUUACUAUAAUGGAUGCUUAA